GACGAUACACAGCCAAUGAAACGAAUUGUGCCACGCACUGUUCUUCAGUAAGUACCGCGUACGUACAGUCUCUCUCUGUAUGUUACUCCUUAUUUCGACAGUAUACAGUCUAGUCUACAGUCUGUACAGAAUUAAUCCGGAAGUGUUGAAAAUUCACAAAUCCAGUCAAGCUUGUGGGUUUGAACAUAUUUGCAUCAUGUCUCACCAAACUGGUAUACAAACUUCAGAUGAAUUGGAGACAGUAAUAAAAGAAGCCAAAAAUGAAGGAGGAACCAUAAGAGUAAUCAAAGUGGUAAUUGAAAAAGAGGAACUGGUGGUAGCAGCAAAACAUGAUGUCGUUGGCUCAUGGGAAGAUGAUUUUGAUGUAUUAGUACCACCAUUGCUCGAGGAAAAGAGUCCUUGCUACAUCUUUUACCGGAAGGACACUAAGGAUGCUCAGGGAUAUAAGUGGAUUUUCAUCCCAUUUGUCCCAGAUGACAGUGCGGUUCGUCAAAAAAUGUUGAGUGCUAGUACAAAGGCAUCAAUGAAGACGUUUUUUGGAGGAACUACUGUCAUAGAUGAUGAACAAGCAUGCACAAAAAAGUCUGAGGUGUCCUUACAAGGUUAUCGUGAACAUCAGGCAGCCAAAGAUGUUGCUGGUCCUUUGACAGAAAGAGAAGAAGAGAUAUUGCUGGUACAGAAAAAUGAAACAAGAUCAGAUAUUGGUGUGCACACCAAGAAUCAGACCUUACCAGGCCUUGCCUUCCCAGUAGAGGAAGCAGCCCUUGAGAGAAUAAAGGAAGUCUUGGACUCUCGAAACACUUACGUACAGUUGUUGAUUGAUGUUAAAGCAGAGACGAUCAGGUUAGCAAAUUGUGAACAUACAGAUGUGAAUACUUUGCCAUCUAGAGUGCCUGAUGAUAGUCCCAGAUAUCAUCUAUUUGUGUUUCCCCAUGUCUAUGAAGGAGAUAAACUCAACAGCAUAGUGUUCAUCUACACAAUGCCUGGCUACAAGUGUUCAGUAAGAGAGAGGAUGUUGUACUCUAGUUGUAAGGCUCCAUUGCUUUUUUCCUUGGAGCAAAUGGGAUUUGAGAUAGCAGCUAAGAUUGAAAUUGAAGACCGCAAGGAACUGACGGAAGACUUCCUCAUGAGUGAAAUUCAUCCUAUAAGAAUUGUUCAUAAGCCAAAGUUCAGCAAACCUCAGGGACCGGCAGGAAGGAGAGGUCAAUCAAGGGUCACAAAUACUAAAAAAUAAAUAAGCUAUGGAGAAUUUUUUUAAUGCAUAGAAUAUUGAGCUAAGAAUAGGAAAGUGAUUGGGAUUAAUAUAUAUAUUGAAAAUAGAAACUAGAGGUCAACCAUAGCUCAUUUUAUCCUUAUAUCGUAUAACAAUCCCCCAUGACCUCUCUGUUCCAAAAGAGAUUGAAUCAUGUCUAUAAAUCUUUCUUCCCAACCAUUAAUUUACAUCUUUAUAUUAUAUGUUCGUGAAAUUGCCUUAAAGAAUCUAGUCCUUCAUAUUCUCAUUUCACUAUGUUAUGUCUGUGAAUAAUUCAUUUGUAGAAAUCCUUUAUUGUUAUACAUGUAGUCAAAGUACACUUCCUUGAGGCAUAUCUCAGAAUCUGUUCCAUUGCCAGUGUAAAAAGUAACCUUAGAAAAAAAUAAUAUCACACAUGUCAUUGGGCAUGUUACUAAAAAAUUCAAAUUUGUUAAUACGUUGUGGGUUAGGAGAUCCGCUUAUUUGUAGUUCAAACAAUAUAUUUUUCGGUAUCAAUACUACAUAAAUUGAAGGAUUGCAAAAACUUAGUUGGUUGAGUGGUAGUCUUAUAAUCCAGUCUAUUAAUUUAAAACCAGUUGAUGUGCUUGUGUCCUGUGAUAAAAUGAAUAUUCAUUACCACAUCCCUUGGAGAAGAUGUCUGUCCAUUGGUUGAUUACUUUCAAGCAAUUAAAGCAGUCGGGUAAUCAAUUUAAAACAAUUUUAUACAGUCUAACAUGAAUUAUAAUAUAAUAUAAUUAUAAUAUGGCUGGUUGACAUCCUAGCAAUUUGACAGGAUAGUACAUGGUAAACUGUACAUGUGUUCUCACCUUUGAAAAAAAAUCUCUGAUAUACAUUAACCAUUUUGGAGGUGAUAUUAGUGAAUAUCAAAGAAAGAAAAGAUAUGAUACAAAAUUGAUGUUUAUGAAGGAGCUUGAAUGCAAGGACUGUUAAAUAAGAUGCUAUAAUUCAUGUUUGAAGGGUAAUCCAUCUAUGUGUAUAUUCAAUUUAUUUGUAUAGUGGGCAAAUGGGAAUAAAACCAAAUGCUAUUUAAUUUGAGAAAAUUACAACACAUGAGAGAAAAGCUUGGCAACAGGUCAACUCUAAUUUUGCAGCUCUAUCUUAGAGUAGAGAUCAUUGGUUUUAUAGUUGUAUUGCACUUUAAAUAGUUGAAACUGAAUAUUGGUAAAUGCAUGUAUCUUGCAUCUUUUAUUAGUUAAAUUGUUACAAUUAGAUACUUGGGCCCUGUUUCAUACUUAGAAUUAGUGGUAAUUCUGCAUCCAAUCAAAUCUAUGUUCCCAUUGAAAAUACAAUAUCAAGAUAUAUCUAUGUCUGUAAUUUGUAAAUGUAAUUGUUUUCUCAAGGGCUUGUCUUCUGGCUGACAGAUCACCAUGUGGCUUUCAUGACCCAUCACUUGUGACUCUUCAGAAUAGCAUUUCAUGAAAUGUCUUGUGUGUAAUAUUUAAGUUACCAUAAUAAGAUUUAUAUGUGCUUCUUAGUCGAUCAAAAUAAAGGAAGUUUAUUGGAUCUGUCAACUUGCCAGACAAAAAUGUUGAUGUCCAGGAGCUAGACAUAGGGAGAUCUUCAGUAACCAUUAGAGACUUGAACUGCCACCCGAUUAUGCAGUGCAAGGAGACAGGCCCUCUAGACUUCCAUUAGAUAUUUUACAUGAUAUGUGCAGCCACUAAUUAUGUAAACAUUGAAAAUGGAGGAUGUCAAAGAAAAUUGGAAAUCUGAUCUAUUUCUUUGUAGAAAAUGUACCCAAAGCAAAAAUAUAUAUAAAAUUUUGACUAUCUCUCCAAAUCUUUCUCAAUCCCUCAUUCACUUUCUUCCUUCUUUCUUUUGAUCACACCCCCCCCCCCCUUCUCUGCUCCCUCUUUUCUUCUUUUUUGUCCAUUCUCCCAUUCCCUACACUAGUGCCAGGAUGGUUGUUCCACAGAUAAUUAAUUUGAAGGCAAUGAAUGCCUUACUCAAAAAGUGCUAAUAAAUGUAAUGGGCUUUUAUGGUACAUCAUUGAUUUCAAGAACACAUACCUCCUGAGCAUGAGGGGGGGGGGGGGGGGUGAGACUGAAUUGAAAAGCGAUGUAAAUGUAUGACAUGAAGAUUUGUCUUCAGAUUCUUUUUGAAAAAAGUCAAUAAAUAUUCAAGAGAAGGUUUAUAAUACAGCAUUUUUGUAUAACUUUUAUUAUGAUUAUUGUUAACAAUGAAUAAAAGCACAGAAAACAA